UGCUGGCGUCUCUGAACUGGCUGGGCCGAGCCAGGCAAGAGACUCGCUCGACCAGGAUUUGCAGUGUCUCGGAAAUUCUGGUGAAAGGAAGCAUUGAACCUACUGAGCUUCCUGAAGACACCUGCAAAAAUUAAAGCAUUUUGAUUAUCAUGGAGAAUUACAGUGUACUAAUGGAACUUGGGGAAGGAUCGUUUGGUAGAGUCCUCUUAGUCCAGCAUAAAAGCGCAAGACAGAAAUAUGCAAUGAAAGAAAUAAGACUUCCCAAGUCUGUCUCCAAUAUAGAAAAGUCCUGGAAUGAAUCUAUAAUAUUGGCUAAAAUGAAUCACCCAAAUAUUGUGAUGUAUGCAGACUCUUUUGAAGCUGAUGGACAUCUGCAUAUAGUGAUGGAAUAUUGUGAUGGCGGAGAUCUCCUACAAAAGAUUAAAUUGCAGAAGGGGAAAUUGUUUCCUGAAGAUACAAUACUUAAAUGGUUUGCACAGAUGUGUUUGGGUAUAAAUCAUAUUCAUGAGAAACGUAUAUUGCACAGAGACAUCAAAUCAAAGAAUGUAUUUCUCACACAAAAUGGGAAAAUAAAACUGGGAGACUUUGGAUCUGCAGUUCUUCUUAAAAGCCCCAUGGCAUUUGCUUGUUCAUAUGUAGGAACCCCUUACUAUGUGCCUCCAGAAAUUUGGGAGAAUGUGCCAUACAACAAUAAAAGUGAUAUUUGGUCUCUGGGUUGUGUUUUAUAUGAGCUGUGCACCUUAAAACAUCCAUUUCAAGCUAAGAGUUGGAAACAUCUUAUACUUAAGAUAUGUAAAGGAUACUACAAUCCACUUCCAUCACACUAUAGCUAUGAACUUCACUAUUUGAUAAAGCAGAUGUUCAAGAUGAAUCCCAAGUACCGUCCAUCAGCUAGUACAAUUCUUGCAAGAAAGUGCGUGGCAAAAUGUAUUGGACAAUCUUCAUUACCAGAGGAGGGUGGUACGUAUGCAGGAAGCAAGAAUAGUUGUUCAGAAACAGAAGCCAUCUCCAAGAGCUUCGGGGAAAUGGAACUGAAGAAAACAAGUGUGGAUCAAAAAGAACUUCAUAGAAAAAAGUGGGAAAAAGGAGGAUCCAGUACAGUGAUCAAAAUUUUGGAAAAUGCACCUUUACUUUCUUCCAGUAUUGCAAACAAGGAGGACACAGGUGGCUGUGUGAGAAAAUAUGAUGAAAACAUCGCACGUAAACAAUGGAAUAAGGAGCCUUCACAAACUUUAAUGAAUAUUCUUCAUAAUGCUGAUGUUGCCUUAGCUUUUAAGACAUACACAAUCCACAAAGCAGCCUCAGAUGACCUACUGAGAGGACCACUUACAGGAGAGAACAACGCAACUGAUGAACCAGAUGGUGAAACUUUUAUGGAGGAUACAGAGAGAUUUGAACCUAGAUCAGAUGAAGAAGACACGGAUUUUGAAGCAGAAGACGAUCCAGACUGGAUUUCUGAAUUGCAAAAAAUGAUCAAACCAAUGGAACUGAAGAAAGAAGUACCAAUAAAUAAUCCAGUUUCAGUGCAGAAAUAUUGCUGAACCAUUUCAGAAACUAGCAGCAACAAACCAAUUGACAUGAUGAUUUCAGAUAUAUUUCUUUGAGGAAGCAAAUUUAAUUUGGGUUUAUUUUUUGAUGCAAAAAGGGUAUAGCAAUUACAUUCUUCUUAGAGAUACUAAAAUAAGCACUUUUUACAUAGAAUUUUUAACUCAGUAUAGAAAUAUUCUGUCAAAAUCAGAAAUAUAUCAAAAUCAGAAACAUAUCUUAUUAGAGUACAGACUAGGAAUAGCACAUUCUGAGAUAUAGAGAGCAAGAUAUGACUUUCAUGUUAUCCCUCUCUGUCGUUUCCUAUUCCUAGUCCUUUGGGAGUGGUGGACUUAAAGUGGCCAGGCUUCAGGGAAGAUUGAGUCUGGAUUUCAGAAUAUGGCAAUAUCUAAAUAGAUAUUAGCAUUAAUUACAACUCACCUUUUUAUUUGAUUGUGUGUUUUAUAAUUGUUAAUAAACCUCCUCAUUUCAAUUCUUCCUAAUUUCCAAAGGGAUAUCUUCUGGAACCAUGUCUUUCAUCAGUAUGAUUUCAGGAGCCAUGUCUUUCAUCAAUUUCUGCUUUUUAUUCUUCAGUUAUAUAAACUUAAUUCAUUGAAUGCAGUUAGGGAGCUGGUGCUUGGAGAGCCCUAUUUAUCCUAGAUAGGAAAUCCAAGAAGGAGUUGGCCAGUUGAUUCUUGGCAGGAUAGAUGUUGGCAGCAUAAUCACCAAACAAACAACCCUGCCAUUACAAUGGUGUCCUAUCAGAAUUUUUGCAAAAGAAUCUAGUUAUCCCUCCAAGGACUGCUUAUUUGUUUAUUUCAAACAUUUAUAUAGCUUCUCAUCUUGUACUAA